AUAAUGACCGCCACCCGUGAGCGAAACGUUCGCUCGAUCUCGCUCUGUCGAUCGAGUUUGGCAGUGGAAGCCAUUUUAUUCUUGUGAAUGUUACAAAAUAUUUUUCGUAAUUUCUCGAUUUCAAACUAAUCGUGUCAAUGUGUGCCUCCAACAAGUGUCUUUUGUGACGUGCAUUCGUGCUGUAAAAGUUGAUAAUGUUCGUGUUUCAUAUCGGUCUGUGGUGACCUGCCCGUUUCUUACGGACGUAGGGGCAUCGAUUAGUGCACACAGACAGCCUCUAUAACGGCGAAUCGGGGCUCUGGAAUAGCGAGUGGUGUGCGCCAUGGGCAACAAUGCUGCCACCGCCAACAAAAAGGUGGACGCCGCCGAGAGCGUCAAGGAAUUCCUUGACCAGGCCAAGGAGGACUUCGAGGAGAAAUGGAAGAAGAAUCCUACUAAUACCGCCGGACUGAACGACUUCGAGCGAAUAAAGACGCUCGGCACGGGCUCGUUCGGCCGAGUCAUGAUAGUGCAACACAAACCCACCAAGGAGUAUUACGCUAUGAAAAUAUUAGAUAAGCAAAAGGUCGUCAAGUUGAAGCAAGUCGAACACACGCUGAACGAGAAGCGAAUCUUGCAGGCGAUCAACUUCCCCUUCCUCGUAAGCCUUAAGUUUCACUUCAAGGACAACUCCAACCUGUACAUGGUUCUAGAGUACGUUCCGGGCGGAGAGAUGUUCUCUCACCUCCGCAAGGUCGGUCGUUUCUCGGAGCCGCACUCGCGCUUCUACGCCGCCCAGAUAGUGUUGGCGUUCGAGUACCUGCACUACCUCGACCUCAUCUACCGGGACCUCAAGCCUGAGAACCUGCUGAUCGACUCGCAGGGCUACCUCAAGGUGACGGACUUUGGUUUCGCGAAGCGGGUGAAGGGUCGCACGUGGACGCUGUGCGGAACACCCGAGUACCUCGCGCCCGAGAUCAUCCUGUCCAAGGGUUACAACAAGGCGGUAGACUGGUGGGCCCUUGGCGUGUUGGUUUACGAGAUGGCGGCCGGAUAUCCGCCGUUCUUCGCCGACCAGCCGAUACAGAUAUACGAGAAGAUCGUGUCAGGUAAGGUUCGCUUCCCUUCACACUUCGGGUCCGAUCUGAAAGACCUGCUGCGGAACCUUCUGCAAGUCGAUCUCACGAAGCGGUACGGCAAUUUGAAGGCGGGUGUGAACGACAUAAAGGGACACAAAUGGUUCGCGAGCACCGACUGGAUCGCCGUCUUCCAGAAGAAGAUCGAGGCGCCGUUCAUACCCCGCUGCAAAGGCCCCGGAGACACCAGCAACUUUGAUGACUACGAGGAAGAGGCGUUACGCAUUUCCUCCACGGAGAAGUGUGCGAAGGAGUUCGCUGAGUUCUGAGCGCUCUGGAGUCUGCGCGUUAGUGUCGCGCAGGUGUCUCGUUAUAGUGAAUCUAUUGUGGCUCUGUCGUGGAGCAAAUCCUCUUGCGGGCAGCUUUGGGUGUACAUAGACAUUGAAGAACCCCAAGCGGGCACCCUGAGUGUCUCAAAUUUGGAGUAUAGGUGAAAAGAUAGUAGAAUUGAUCCUGAUAUUUUUGUGGCAUGCAUUCGCUUAGUGCCCUUUCAGUUGGUAUAGACAGAUGUGGCGGUAGCUCUUCACGUGUCACCCCUACAUACUGAUAGUGUACCAGUGUUUCUGAAGCCGAAUCGAGUGUUGUUUUGGUACUCCGUAGUUUGCCUUUGAUAGCAUCGGAAUGUGGUAAGCAGUAGUCUUUCUUUUAUAAUUGUUUUUUUGUAAACACAAGUUAUGUAUUAUUCGAGUUUUCUUGUUGCUUAUUUAGAUUUAUAAUUCCUCAUGUCUACUCUUCGCAAUUUUCUAUAGUGUAUCCAAAAAUCAUAACUGUUGUGUUAUAUUUUCAGUCACUAAUUAAGUUAGUCGUUGAUAGGGACAUUAUUAAUUGAAUUUGGAGUUUUAAAUCUAUAGAUUGCCUUGAUGUACAAACACAAUCAUUUAAAUUUACAUAAUUCAUUUAACUUUUUCUUACUAAGCAGUCACUCUUAGUUACUCAGGUCAGUAAGUUAUAGAACAGGCUCAUGAUUCUUUAUGGUGUUUAAUCUUGUAAAUGCAAUUUGUGACGUCACAUUUUGACUGACCCCUUAUUGCUUAGCUCAUAAUUACGUUGACAGUGUCAUACAGAAUCAGGGCCUGAUCAAUUUUAAGCUAAAAGGCAUAUCUAUUUAUUUGGUUAGAUUGCUGUUUUAUUAACAUUUAAGUACUGACAUGUAACAAUCAAUAAUAUUUAAUUCUCAAAAAAUAAUUAAAAAAUCAAUCCUAAUAACUUUUUGACUCAUAAAAUCAAUCAAAUCGCUGUUGCAAAGCAAGCUCUAUAGACUGUGGUCAAAUUUGUGAAACAUGUUUUUGUAAAGAUGCUCUAGCAAGAAAAUGUCAUAACUGUGAAAAUAUUAAAAAAAAGGCAAAUCGGCCUUAAGUAUGGUUUCACCCUUUUUGUCAAAGUUUUUGACAGUUUGACAUUUUCGCCAUUUUCUUGCUUUAUGUUAAAUAGACAUAGACAUAGAUAGACAAAACUUGUGAAUACGCUAUCCAACACUUAUCAAAAAUUGGUUAAACCAACACAUAAUAUUAAAUUUCUUAUAAGGGACAAAAUGUCACAGUACAUAGGUAAGCUACCAUUGCAUAAAAAUAAAAUCCCCAAUUUUCAUUACAUUGUGACAAUAAUGUUAUUUUUGGUGAUUAAUGGAGAUUCUUUAGCAAUAUCUUUAAUCAAUCAAUGUCUUUAGCAUGAUCUUCUUAACUGCUGGACAGCUAUAGAAGAACUUUCAAAUCUGAACUUUCAUAAUUUAAUAACAGUUUUGCACUAUAACCUGCCCAUGUUGAGCCAAAGAUCUACAACAAUCAUCAAAUUGCAAAGCAAAAUUUAUACAAUUCAAUGAUUUUUGUAGAUCUUUAGACUUUGUUGACCCUUUCCCUCUUGAUAUUUAUAUAUUUGCUCAUUGGUUGAAACAUUAUACACACCUAUAAUAUGUAACAAAACAUUAUAUAUUGGACAGGAUGUCUCUUACACACCGGUCAAUUUAGGCUCCACCAAAUUAGCAGAACAAAUGCAUUAUUAUAUACUUACUGCACUAUCACAAGACUAGGAAACACAAAACAUCAUUAAGUACAAAAACUCAGCAAAAUUACUCAUAAUAAUCAUGCUUAUUAAAGGAAGGCGUCCACAGAUCCACAUCAUACACAAACAUAUUUAUUUUGCAACAAACAUAUUUUAGUAUUCUUUGUAUAAAAAGACAUACAAGUGUGCUCACUGAUCCACAUUGCAUUGCAUUUAUAGUUUUUUGUGUGUUUUUAAAAUGGAAAGUUUCUUUUUUAUCAUUUGACAUAGAUCUCUGUCAAAUUAUAAAAAAGAGCACACAAAUUAAGACACAAUUUAAACACUAUUAGAUGAUGCAUAAUGCAUAUGAUAGUAAAUAGUCAUACUAUACCUAGCAAGGUGCGGGUGACAGUUGCCUUAUGAUGCUCAUAAUACAUGCUAUUAUCGUGAAACACAAUAAACUUUUAAGAGUGAGGUGCAGGUGACAGUUGCCAUAUGACAUUCACAAUACAUACUAUUAUCGUGAUUCAUUACAAACUUUCCAAAGUGAAAUGAACUGUCACCCGCACCAUCCUACAGUGCAUGAACUAUACCAGCCAAAAAACCACUAGAGCCUGCAUAAGCAGUAAAGAGUUUCACCUUUCGCAUUCUCUAUAAUGUAUGUAACAAACUUCAUAGCACACCAUCGAUAGUAAGCAGAGCAGUCUGCUUGGUGGUAUAAAGCUAUAGGAGACUCACCUGGACUGUCUUUCUGCUAAUUGCCAAUAAAUCUUUUAUUAAUAUUUCUUUGGAUAAUUCUAAAAAUAUGAAUAAUUUGGGUUGCAGUGUGUAUGUAAUAUGUAGAAUAAUAAUGGUAAGCUUUGAAUAGUAUUUGAUUGCAGGUACAGGUAAAAAAAUUGGUAACUGCCAAUGGAUUUGAAGUAGGUUUAAUAUUUAAAAAAAAAUUGUCAUAGAACUAACCCAUCAAUAAAAAGCUAGUCAAAAAUUCAAGGUACUAAAGAGAGAGUCUAGAUGUAAUUAAAUAUUUAUUUUAAACAAUCAAUGCACAGUUUUUACAGUAAAUAGUCAUUUGCUUACAAAUUCUUAUCUAAAUUGACAGAUCUAAAAGUAGUGUGAUUAGGUAUGUUCACAACCACAGAUAUAAGAGGUAACUAGAUUUAUAAAGUGAAAAUUCUUUAUAUUGAAACCAGCGUACCCAGGGGCGUGGCCUAAAUGACAGUUUAUUAUUUUGUGAAAAAUGAAAUAUGUCACCCUUACUUUAGAAUUGAAUAUUAUUUAUUCCUUUUGUCACAGAACAAAACAAGACUGCUAGUACAUGCACGAAGAUGUUUGCGAUGUUCCGCACACUCGGGUGUACGCAGGCCACGCCCCCUUGCUACUUCUAUUGCUAAAAGCGUUAGCUUUUAGCGUUGUCUGUUCUGUGUUCACAACAGUUGACAUUGUUGAACAGAACAUAAUUUGGCAUUUCAACUGGUUUUUCACCAGCGAAAAAUAUUACAACACAUCUAUAUAACUUUGUUUUACUUUUUACAACCAUUGGGUAGGAAAUAAAGCAAAGAAAAUAAAUUAUCUGAUACUUAAUGGUUUUCACAGAACUUAUAAGUAGUUAUGUUCAAGAAACGCAGGAUUCAUUACUUGAACAUAUCUGCUUUAAAUAAUAGAUUGAAUAUGAUAAUUAUAUUUAUUAUUUAUAUGUAUGUGAUAAUUAAAUAAAUAAUCCUAGACUUUACAGACUUUCACUUUUUAGGCCUGUCAAUUUAUGAUUGAAAUUUGUAUACACAAAAUAUAUGUUCAUCAUAUGCAUCACAAGAAAACAUAGUCAGUACUUAAAAGUUAAUUACAUUGUUGAAUAUGGAAUAAAGUUUUUUUUUUUUAAUUUUUGACUUUUUGUUAUUGUGUUUAUUUAAUAUAUUAAUAUUGUUGAAUCAGCUGAUAUUUUUAAUUAAGGAAUUAACUGCAUUAAAAUAAUUAAAAGAGAUUAAGUAAUUUAUUGUAUUUUAAUGUAGUUGUGUUCAUUUGUGCAAUUUGACCUGUUUGUGAUCUGAUGCAAGGAUUUGUUUGGAUUUAAGUGUAUUUAUAUAGUUCCUUUGGGGCCCUUCAUAAAUUAUUUCACAUUUAAAAGUUUUUGACAAUUAAUUAGACUUUUGUUGCCCAUUGUAUGAUUGCUGAUGGUAUUUCAAAUAUUAAAUUUUGAGUUUUACUUUAGAAUUAUUUAAUUUGCAAUAAGCCAUAAACUGCCUGCCUCGUUUUUAAAUCUGUUAUUGAAAGAUGAUUUCAUAUCAUCUACUUACCAAGUGCCUAUCUAAAUCAUAAACCUUAUGUUCAGGAUGCACCUGGGUUCAAAUUACUAAAUAUUCAGCCAUUCUGAUGUGAUUUCUAAUGGAGGAUUUUGCCAAUUGGUAAGUUGGGAAUAUAAAAUAUAUCAUGUGAGGUAAUUUAUAAUUGGCCCCUUUCGUAGAUUUAUGUAUUAUUGUAAUGGUGUAAGUGAAAUUGUCUGAUAAUUAAUUAUUGUAUGAGCUUGUAUGAAUCAGUUACAUAAAUUAUGUUACUGUGACACUUGUUACAGUGACAUUUUGUAUGGAGCUGUAAAAACCUUAUUUUCAUGGUCUGUACAAAGACAGUUUUACACCAAUGUAAUUAAUUUGAAAAUUACACCAGGGGUUGUAUUUAUAAAUUAUAUCAAAAAGUAGGUAAAAUAUAAAUUAUUUAAUGCAUAAAAAUAAAAGAAAUUUCACUAUAAGAGCUACUCAAAUUAUGGUGAAGUAAACCACGACAGUUGUAAAGCUAUCAAUUCAGUUUAGAGGGAUUCUAUUUGUUUUGAUUGUCUGUGUAAAUUAGGAACAGUUAAAAAAUUAAAAAAAAAAAUUGAAAUUAGCUAGAAUUUAUGUCAGUAAUUCUUUUCAUUAUAGUGUAAAAACGCUGCAUCAUAAUCAAUCCUCUUGUUUAGGAGCUGUGAUGCUAUUACAGACAGACAGACAUGUGUCACACCAUGUCCGGAAGAUGAAAAUUAAGAAAAAAAAAACAAUGUUCCUAAUCAGAUGACAGUUUACUAGUGAUACAAAGUUAGGUUUUUAUUUACCAGUGACAAAGAAACCAGUGUUUAUAUGCAUGUGAUAUAAUUUAUCAAUGUAUCGCCCCUCAGUAAACAAAUAUAUGAAAAAUUAUUUAAAAUCAAUGCUUUUUGAUAAGUAAUUAGUUAAACCAUAAACCAAUUUGGGUUCAUAUUUGAUCAAUUAUGAUCAAGUGUUACAUGUUUAUAGAAAAAAAAGUUUGUUAGCAUUUAGAUAUUAAUAGGAAGUUAUCCAGGCUGUACAAAUAAUUAUCUACCUAGUUAUUUGUAGAGAAUUUUACAUUGUGAAAGCAUUGUACGCAUAUGUGGUUAUAGUCAUUAGGUUAUAUGUCCUGGGAUGGUUACUUAACCAAUUUUGCACUAACAUAUAUAUUUAUAUAUAAUUAUUAUAAUAUAUAUUUAUUAAAUAGUGUAUAAUUAUCUUAACUGACUCCUGUGAAUUUUUCUGCUAUAUGAAAAAGUUUAGAGCUUUUGUUAAAAAAAAAAAUAGUUAUCAAAUCUUUUAACUAUGAAUAACUAUGUUUAUAUUGGUAAAUGCUAAAUCAUAUCAAACCUUAAUCAUUAAAAUAAUCAUUCUAAAUUAUAUUAUAGUGUUGUCCAGCAACAAGUAGCAUAGAAUUUUUUUUUUUGAAAUUAAAUCUAACGCCAUUUGUACCUUAGCUGCUGAAGUAUUUGUUCAAUGCAUUAUCAUAGGAGCACCUGGUCAAGAAAUUAAUAUAUAGGGUGUUAGAAUAUUGAAUUUGUUUUGCUUUUUAUAUACACCCUAUUAUGUAGAAAUACAAAUUUCAUUGUUAUUUUACAAAAUGUUGUGAUCCAGGUUUAAUUUGGUGCCAUAAAAUGUUUUAAAAGGUUUCAUUACGUAAUCACUUGGUAUUUAAAAUUACUAGGUAUUUAAGCACUACUUUUUUUAGGCCAAUACAUGCAUUUUCUUAUCAGUGUUCUUCAUUAUGCCACCUUUACACUCUUGUCGACAAAAAUGGUUACCGUACUGUAUAUGUGAAAGCUUACAUGUUGAAGAUCUUUUAUUGGUUGUAAUUUAUUCAAACUAAUCAGCUAGAACUAUUCGAUAAUAAGUGGUCCCAAUUGAUGUAUGUUAUAUGGUAAUACACAAUUACGCGAAACUAUUACAAGCCAUGAAAUUAUGAUUAUUUUCCAAAUAAAAAUACGAAGAAUAAAGAAGUAAAAGCACAUUUAAGAGUCUCCUUACGAUGAUUGGGUUCUAAAGCCAUUUUUUUCUGUGUAUGUCAGUGUCAUACAGAUUUGUCGGGUUAAAUAGUGGCCGGUAAACAAAAUUUAUCAUUUAAUAAUUAUAAAAUAACAUUUUAAGUGUUUCUUAAUUAAGCCUACAUUGAAGCAGAUGAAUAUGAAUUUGGUUUUGAAUUAACAGCUUGUUUCUCAACGACAUUUUACUAAGAAUGCGUUAACUUCGCUGAAUUUGGUAAUCAUAAUUGGCACAAAAAAUUGCACGUCGAAAGUACGGCAUAUUUAAUUCAAACAGCGAAGAGAGAUGCAAAGAUCUUACGGAUUUUAAUUAACGAAAAAAAAUCGAUUUCAUAACAAAGAAAUGUUUUUAAAAUCACAUUUUUUAAUUGCUUGGCUAUUUUUUCAAUGCUCUAUUUAUUUAAUGUAAACUUUGCUUGUUUUCGAUUAACCAUAGAUUCGCACAUCACAUCUACACCUUUUUAUUAUCUUUCUUGUUUCUAUACAAAUAAAGAUCUAAUCAAAUAUAUCAUAUUCUAUUCACUGAUAUCAUAUGAGUGCGCUCAAUUCAUUUCUAAUUUGAAUAAAUUCGAUAAUAUUAUAAAGAAUUAAGUUUGGGUAUUCAGUAUCACAAUUUUGUGUAAUGUUUUAUUAUAAAACAUAUAAUGUAUCUUUAUAAUGAAACGUUUCACAAAUCCUUGUUGGUACUGCUUAGCAGAUUUGAUACUGAAUAUCUGAAUUGGUAUUCUUAUCAAACAACGUAUUUACGUGAAUACGCCUUUAUUGCCUGUCAAUCAUAUGGCUCUCAAAUAAUUAUAAUGAUCCAGUGUGCAUCAAUGAAAGCUAUUGAUCUAUCAGCUUUGCUAGCCGUAAAUAUUGUUGUUAUUGUUAAUUUAAUAAAUCUUUCAUCGUUUAUGUAUCAAAUUUAAAAUCAGUUUUUGUAUUUAAAAAGUGUAAUGUGUUGUGCCUAGAUUGCAGAAUUUAUCCUGAAAAAAAAGCGUAUCUGUAGUAUGUCAUAGAUAAUAUCUGAGAUAGUUAUAAUGGAGCAAUUAAUAAUAAAUAAUCUAAGAUUACUUUCAAGCUAUUGUUCACUAGACUUUUGUUUUCAUUGUCUCUUAUAAGAAGUUACUUGGCGUGUUUUGCCGCUACUCUCACUGUUUGAUCAUUGUUUGUAUCGAGUUUCAUUUGUUUGUUAAGUUGUAGGGGAUCAUGUCAGAUUUGCGCGUUUACCUUAGGUGCUUGUUCACGUAAACUAGACUGCAGCCGCGAAAGAGACAGGAUUGUAGUUCGGGUGGGCACAAAUCUCUAAAUAUGGCACUAAAAAUGCUAAUAAAUCGAUCUAUCCCUUUCCAAAUUGUGGGCCUUACCACAAGCUCUUAAAUCCGUGAUGUUUCGACAUUUCGUACCCUGAAGGCCAUUAAGCUUAUCGAAAGAUUGUUUUGCAUAGCUAUUUUGGACGCUAUCGACCAUUUCAUUCAUUCAAUUCAUAGCACUUACUGAGGUAGUAAUAGUAAGACAUACGCCCUUAAAUAAGAUGGACAGAUCAUGAUGGUUUUGCUAAAGGUUGUGGUAAGCCCCCUGUACGGUGAAAAGGAUAGGUUAAAAUUUAUAAUAUGUAUGUCAAUUUAUUUGAGAGAAUUGUGAAUAUACGAACAGAUCACCAUUAUCAUUAGUGUGAAAUGAGCUAAAUUAAUGUACGAAUGAAUCGCGGAAUGAUCGCGUGUAUAAAUAAAUAUAUGUCGCUAGUUGUUCAUGAACACGCACUAACUGUUCCUUUAGUGGCAAGUGUAUUUUUUGGAUUGGAUUUAUAUAAUAUUAUUUAAGGAAUUAAUUACGUGUACUUUCAUAAUUAUCAUUGUAUAUAAAACUAGAGUGAUUGUGUACCAGUAAAUAUUUAGGAGUUUCAAAUGUCUGCUUGAUAUCUGCAGAUUUUCAUUCCAUAAGCUUCACAAAGUGCUAACUGUCAACUCAUUAGAGUGGUGGUUCCCAAUUAGAUUCCACCAAAUGUAUCUCUCCCAUUUGUUAAACAGCAUAAGUUAGUAGCAAAUUUGACCAAAUGACCAGUAUGUUCCAUCCAAGGCAAAUACCGGAAUUAGAUUUAACAAUGAUUUUAUAGCGAUGAACAACUUAUUGGUUAAAGCCGAUAACUAAAUAGAAGUAUAAUAAACAUAAAGAGAUAUAUGAAUAGAAGAAUUGAGUUUCAAGAUAGUAGAGAAUAAACCAGUCUGUUUCAAACAAAAGUAAUAUAAACCAGUAUUGUGAUAAUGUCUUAAGAUGUGUCUAAUCUUAAUUUAUACGGACUACUUAUAAAUUCUUAUAUAUCUAGUUGGGAAACACUGCAUUAGACAUUCUAAUGUGAACAUUUUAAAAGCCACUUAGAUAUUAUAAACAUUAGCGUGACCGUAUGUGUAUUUGCGAGCAGUUUUUUUUUGUAUCUGUGCGUAUAAUAAUAAUUAAUGUUAAAAUGUUCACGUCUAGAUCUAUAUUAUAUCGAGUGCCUAUAGCAUUGAAGAAUUCAAAUGUAAAAAGUCAGUUAAUUUCAAAUAAUUAUUUGUCACCAUGUAUUGAUCUUCCAUAAAAUUACGAUGAAAUUAAAAAUAUCGAUGUAACAGUAAAA